GCCAGGCUUCCUAUUCAUACCGAAGCUGUCAAACCAGUCCUCCUGAACCGGGCAAACCGCGCUUUCUAUCCCCCCAAAACACGGGACGGGUGGCCUCGUCUGUUACCGACAUUACCCGUGCCAUGCGAGCCUUUUCCGGGAGGCGUAAACGUGCUAUGUACGAGGCCGGGUCUGCCUAGCUGGUGCUGCGGGGAUGGGGUGCACGGAUCUCCCGGGGGACUCUGCACCGUGUGCCCACUGACGGUUGUGCACGGAGUAGGCCUUCGUGUGCCUGGCAGAAGACCGCUAAUCCGAGGAUGAGCUAUGAUUCAGAAGUGAAGCAGCUCUUAUGUCUGUGAUUCCCUUACCUAUCGACGGCUUCAAAUGACUAGGAAUCCAUCAGGUUUCCUCCAAAUGACUUCCUUGGUGGCUUUUUAAAACCUUUAAGCUGAGUUCCUGUGGUGACUGAUUCUGGCAGCUUUGGAGAAGCAAAGAUUUUGGUCUUCAAGAUGCUGAUUAAGGAAUACCGCAUCCCGCUUCCUAUGACCGUGGAGGAAUAUCGUAUUGCCCAGCUCUACAUGAUUCAGAAGAAGAGCAGAGAGGAGACAUGUGGCGAGGGCAGUGGGGUGGAGAUCCUGGAAAAUCGACCAUAUACAGAUGGCCCUGGGGGUGCUGGUCAGUACACACACAAGGUCUACCACAUUGGCAUGCACAUACCGAGCUGGUUCCGCUCCAUUCUACCCAAGGCUGCCUUACGGGUGGAAGAAGAAUCAUGGAAUGCAUAUCCCUACACAAGAACAAGAUACACUUGUCCCUUUGUGGAGAAGUUUUCCAUCGACAUAGAAACUUUCUAUAAAACGGAAUCUGGAGAGCUUGCCAAUGUGUUCAAUCUGUCUCCAGCAGAAAAACGACAGACAACGCUUGACCCUAUUGACAUUGUGAAGGAUCCAAUUCCACCACACGAGUACAAGGCUGAAGAGGACCCCAAGCUUUACAAGUCCUCUAAGACUAAGAGGGGUCCAUUGUCUGAUGACUGGAUAGAGGAGUACAGGAGUAACCUUGGAAACUGCCCCAUCAUGUGCGCCUAUAAACUGUGUAAAGUGGAGUUCCGCUACUGGGGCAUGCAGUCCAAAAUUGAGAGGUUCAUUCAUGAUGUUGGACUCCGGAAAGUAAUGGUCAGAGCUCACAGGCAGGCUUGGUGUUGGCAAGAUGAAUGGUAUGGCCUCACCAUAGAGGAUAUCAGACAGCUGGAGAAGGAAGCACAGCUAAUGCUGGCCCAAAAAAUGGCACAGUUCAGUCUGAAUGAAAAUGAAGCAGAACAACAUGGAACAAAGGAAUCCCCUAGUGAAAAGGAUUCAGAGAACAAGGCCAUUACCUCCAUAGAGACCAGCAAUGAACCCAGUGGCAUGACAGAGUCCUUGUCAGGGAGAGGACUCACCAAGCAGUGGUCCACUUCAUCUAGAUCAUCUAGGUCUUCAAAGAGAGGUGCCAGCCCGUCUCGCCAUAGUAUAUCAGAAUGGAGGAUGCAGAGCAUUGCCAGAGACUCAGAUGAGAGUUCGGAUGAUGAAUUUUUUGACGCCCAUGAAGAUUUGUCAGAUAAUGAGGAAGUGUUACCUAAAGAAAUCACAAAAUGGAGUUCCAACGAUCUCAUGGACAAAAUUGAAACAACGGAAACUGACGAGUUGCAAGGUGACUCAUACCAUGAAACUGCAGAAUACACAGUCAGUUCAAGUGUGGAAGGAUUAAGCAUAAUGGAGAUGCACACAGCUGUUAUCCACGCACAAGGCAUUCCCAGCAUUCCAGCUGUCACACUCACAAAUGUCAUUGCAACCUCCGCUGCGGCAGAUGACUCCGCACAGGUCUCCAUGCAGCCAUGUAAGAUCCAUGUCCUAAUUAUGGUACUCCACGGGGGCAAUAUCCUGGAUACAGGCAGUGGAGACCAGAGUUCCAAGCAGGGCGACGUCAACACCAUAAACUCCGUUUUUGACACCGUGAUGAGGGUCCAUUACCCUGCUGCGUUGGGACACAUUGCAGUCAAGCUUGUGCCCUGCCCAGCCAUCUGUUCAGAAGCAUUUUCACUGGUCUCCAACUUGAGUCCAUACAGUUAUGAUGAAGGCUGCUUAUCUAACAGCCAGGAUCACAUACCACUGGCUGCCCUGCCACUGCUGGCCACCUCUUCUCCACAGUAUCUGGAAGCAGUGGCCACAGUCAUCCAUCGUGCCAACCAGGUGUAUGCAGAGUUCACAAAGUCACAUGAGGGGGCUUCCUUCACUGGACAGGUGUGCUUAGUUGGCGACUGCGUGGGAGGAAUCCUAGGAUUUGAUGCCUUGUGUUACAGCAAUCAGACCGUGUCAGAGAGUCAGAAUAGCAGCAGAAGAGGGAGUGUUGUGAGUGUGCAGGACACAGAUCUCUUAUCCCCCGGUAUCAGUGUCAACAAUAGCUACUGCUCCAGCAGUUCAAACUUGGAGACCAGUCGGCAUCUGAGUCGUAGCAAUAUUGACAUACCUCGGAGCAAUGGUGAAGACCCAAAGAAACAUCUUCCUCGAAAGCGGAGUGAUUCUUCUACCUAUGAGUUGGAUACCAUCAAACAGCACCAAGCUUUCCUCUCUAGUUUACACUCUAGCGUCCUGAGGAAUGAUCCAGGGUCAAGAAGAUCUAGUAGCUCCACAAUGUUGGAUGGGGGGAACGUUGGAAAGUUUGACUUUGAGGUCACAGAUUUCUUCCUGUUUGGAUCACCUUUGGGUCUAGUACUAGCUCUGAGGAAAACAGUGAUUCCUGCUUUGGACGUUUUCCAGCUCAGACCUGGCUGCCAGCAGGUUUAUAAUCUGUUUCACCCAGCUGACCCUUCUGCCUCUCGAUUAGAGCCGCUCUUGGAAAAGAAGUUUCAUGUGUUGCCUCCUUUUAAUGUCCCUCGAUAUCAGAGAUUCCCACUGGGUGACGGCAACUCUGCUGUGUUGGUUGAGGCUGUGCAGAACAACCCCAUCCUGCUCAUGGAAGGCAGCCCAGCGGUUGCUCUCCAGCGUCAAGAUGGCGUCAUGGAAACCAGUAUCCCUGUUCCUGUCCUAAGCUGCCAAGACACUUCCAGUAAACAUGCCACUUGUUCUGAAUCGGAUGUUGUUCAGUUUCAUGGUGCAGUCUUCGUGGAAAAUGCCUCCCCUUCCUCCCCUAUAACAGCCCCUCACUUCAGGGGAUACCGAAGAGCAAGUGAGAUCAGCAUUGCAAGUCAGGUCUCUGGAAUGGCAGACAGUUACACAGCUUCAAACAUAGCCAACAAAACCAAAACUCAACUUAACAAUUCCAGAAAGCUAAGUCUCCUGUCAGAGCUUGCCCUCCCAUACACCUCUAAUACAAAACCAGAGCCCCCCGUAACACAUAGAAAAUACCAUACUGAACAGACUCACUUAGGAAGGAAGCUAGAGGUGGGGGAUUGGAGACACACCAUGAUCCCACAUAUUACAGACGUGGAUAUGUCCAAAGUUGCAGCUAAGUGGUGGGGCACAAAGAGAAUUGACUACGCUCUCUAUUGUCCUGACGCCCUCACUGCUUUCCCGACGGUAGCGCUCCCUCACCUUUUCCAUGCCAGCUACUGGGAAUCUACAGAUGUAGUCUCAUUCCUAUUGAGGCAGGUCAUGAGACAUGAAAAUUCUAGCAUUCUUGAGCUGGUUGGAAAAGAAGUCUCUGUGUUUAGCCCAUCAAAGCCGAGGGAGAAGUGGCUGAGGAAGAGAACUCAUGUGAAAUUAAGGAACGUUGCUGCCAAUCACAGAAUUAAUGAUGCGGUUGCCAACGAAGAUGGUCCGCAGACCCUCACUGGAAGGUUUAUGUACGGUCCUCUAGAUAUGGUCACUCUGACGGGGGAAAAGGUUGAUAUUCAUAUUAUGACACAACCUCCAGCUGGAGAGUGGGUCUACUUUGAUACAGAGAUAAGCAAUAGCAGUGGAAGGAUUUCCUACUUGAUUCCCGAAAAUAAAAGACUUGGAAUUGGGGUGUACCCUGUCAAAAUGGUUGUCAGAGGAGACCACACAUUUGCCGACAGCUACCUUACGAUUUUACCAAAAGGGACAGAAUUUGUGGUGUUCAGCAUUGAUGGAUCAUUUGCAGCCAGCGUUUCUAUCAUGGGCAGCGACCCCAAAGUCCGAGCAGGGGCAGUUGAUGUAGUGAGACACUGGCAAGACCUUGGCUACCUCAUUAUCUAUGUCACAGGCAGACCUGACAUGCAGAAGCAAAGGGUGGUGGCAUGGCUCGCACAGCACAACUUUCCCCACGGCAUUGUGUCAUUUUGUGAUGGAUUGGUCCACGAUCCCUUGCGGCACAAAGCAAACUUUCUGAAAAGCCUCAUCACAGAAGUAUAUAUGAAGGUCCAUGCAGCAUAUGGCUCCACCAAGGAUAUUUCUGUGUACAGCUCCCUGGGCCUGUCGCCAAUGCAGAUUUAUAUUGUAGGACGACCUACCAAGAAGUUACAGCACCAGUGUCAGUUCAUCACUGAAGGCUAUGCUGCUCACCUUGCUCAGCUGGAAUAUAACCACCGCUCUAGGCCUGCCAAGAACACCAGCAGGAUGGCUCUGCGAAAGGGGAGCUUUUGUCUACCUGGCCAGUCGGAUUUCCUGAGGAAGAGGAACCACUUGCUUCGCACCAUUUCCUCGCAGCCCACGGGAAGCAGCAACCAUAAACCCGAGAGAACGCAAAGCCAGUCAGAGAGCGACCGGGAUCGUGAAAAAGAGCGUAGCCAAAGAAGCAUGAGCAUUGCGGCAGGAUGCUGGGGGAGGAGUGCAGUCACUGCUAAGCUGGAAUCUGGCGUUUUAAGUCAGAAAUAAGUUCUCGCACCCUGGACAUAUGCUUGUGCUUGGCUCUUGCCAUUGAACUGGAGGUGAAAAAAAGGGACAGAGCGUAUCUUUGCGGGAAAGAUGGGUUUAAUCAAAUGGUGCUACAAUAUAACAACAUUUAGCAAAGCUGGUGACAUAAGACGAGUUAAAACUGCAGGCCUUAAAACCGGGUAGUGAUACCCGUAAGAGUAAUUCAGACAGGACCACCGUGGGUCAAACUGAUGUAUACUGCCCAAGAUUUUUCGGCCUCUCUGCCCCAAUCCAGGUUCAGAGACAUAUAAAUGUAAAUACGUGCCUCCUAUACCUUCUUAGCCAUGUUCCAAAUGAUCCUGAGUAAUGCACAAACACGUUUCUGGAUCAAAAAGAAAUAAGGGUUUGGGUGUUUCAUUGGUUUUUGUUGUACUAGAAUUGCCAGAAGAGGAAACGUCCAUAAUAUGAUGCUGAAACCCUUAGAAUUAGUAGGCGCCAGCAAUGCCCAGAACACACACUCCUCAUCGUUUGGAUACCAAGGCACAGUACAUUAGAACCCCAAUGGCGCUAGUUGCUCUAUAUUGCUGUUGUAUAUUGAUUCAGGAAAACUCCACAAGUUAGAUAAGGAUAAACGCACCGUACAGAUGUAACAAAACGUCAUUUCUGUGAUUGGAGCAGAACUCAACAACGAGUAAAGCGGAAUCAUUUGGUUUCUAAGCUUCCUUAAGUGUCCAAGCUAGCUACUUUGCGUGUGGUUGCUCAACUGUAAGACCUCAUUGUUUUGUUUUUAUUCUUUGCACUAAUAAUUUUUAGAUUGGAGAUCUGUUACCAUCUCAUGUUGCUACACAUCCUUGUCGGUAGUGCAUGUUAAUUAAAUAUUGCUAAGCCAGG